CAAAAACAUGUCAAAUACGUCAUUUUCCCUCUAUCUAUUAUUCAACAAAUGAUUUGACGAUAGAACAAACAAAGUGUCCGUUUAUUGAUUCGAAUAGCUUAUUGGUGUGCGAGUUUUGUGCCCUAAAUUCACGUAAAUCGAUGACAUAAUGUGGAGGUUAUGUUUAUGUUUGUGUUUGGCGACGAAAAUUUCCGGUCAAAUUUAUUAUUAUCAGCCGGAGCAAGUGCAUCUCGCUUACGGGGAUACCGUAAGGGACGUGGUCGCUACUUGGUCCACUUUCAACGACACCAAAGAGUCCGUGGUGGAAUAUGGGAUAGGGGGGAUGAUUUUGAGGGCUGAAGGGGGCUCGAAAUUGUUCGUGGAUGGGGGCCCCAAAAGGCAUUCGCAGUAUAUUCACAGGGUUUUGUUGCCGGAUUUGGAGCCUAGCAGCAAAUACGUUUAUCAUGUGGGCAGUAACUUGGGCUGGUCCAACCAAUUCUGGUUCAAAACACCGCCGGAAAAAGACUGGCAGCCCCAUCUGGCCAUGUACGGUGACAUGGGCAACGAAAACGCCCAGUCGUUGGUCAGAUUACAAGAAGAGACCCAGAGGGGGCAGUACGAUGCUAUACUACACGUGGGCGAUUUCGCCUAUGACAUGAACUCGAAAGAUGCAGAAGUAGGUGAUGCAUUUAUGAGACAAAUCGAGUCAAUUUCGGCAUACCUGCCUUAUAUGACAUGCCCGGGAAACCACGAAGAAAAAUACAACUUCAGUAACUACAGAGAACGGUUUUCGAUGCCGGGCGGUACAGAACAAAUAAUGUACAGCAUAGACAUUGGUCCAUUGCAUGUCAUAUCAAUUUCCACUGAAGUGUAUUACUUCAUGAAUUACGGCAUAAAGCCUUUGGUGUUUCAGUACGAGUGGCUGGAAAACGAUCUGGCCAAAGCUAAUCUGCCAGAGAAUCGGGAAAAACACCCGUGGAUUGUGGUGAUGGGCCACAGGCCCAUGUACUGCAGCAACCUGAAUUCCGACGACUGCACCCACAACGAAACUCUCACCAGGGUCGGGCUGCCCUUUCUGCAUUUUUUCGGUUUGGAGGAGCUUUUUUACAACUACGGCGUCGACCUCGAGAUAUGGGCGCACGAGCAUUCGUACGAAAGAUUGUGGCCCAUUUAUAACUACGAUAUUUACAACGGGAGUUACGAGGCACCGUAUGUGAAUCCCCAGGCCCCCGUGCACAUUGUGACAGGGUCGGCUGGGUGCAAGGAAGGCAGGGAGGAUUUCACUCCUUAUAGGCCUUAUUGGUCAGCAUUUAUAAGCCGAGAUUAUGGCUACACCCGUCUAAAAGCGUACAACUCCACCCACCUGAAUUUAAUACAAAUUUCGGACGACAAGGAAGGUCAAAUAAUUGACGAUUUUUGGAUAAUUAAGGACAAGCAUGGUCCUUACCCGAAUUCCAAAAUGGAUUGGGCCAAAAUGGACAGUAUGCGUUUGAAAUAUUUGAAUAACGCUCAAUGAUGAUGGGAUUUUUUAGUAUUAUUUUAUGACAAAAUAACCAAUUAUACCUGUAAUAAAAUUGAUUUUAUUUUUUAGACAUUCCUAAAUGUCCAAAUAUUCCAUGUGAUAAUUCGAUUUAAGUAACAGAAACCAUAAUGUAAUAAAUGUUUAUUUUAUUUUAAGCCAA